UGCUCAUGAACGAGGACCGGGAGCGAGCGUGGAGGGCGUCCCGGGAGACCAAACUGGAGCCCAUCCCAAACUGUGAAGCCUGCGCCAGGCCCACGGCCGAGGAGGUGCGGGGCUGGGCACAGUCCUUCGACAAGCUGAUGAAGAGCCCGGCGGGUCGCAACGUCUUCCGGGAGUUCUUGCGGACUGAGUACAGCGAGGAGAACAUGCUCUUCUGGCUGGCCUGCGAGGAGCUCAAGGGCGAGUGCAACAAGCACAGCAUCGACGAGAAGGCCCGCACCAUCUACGAGGACUACAUCUCCAUCCUGUCGCCCAAAGAGGUAGGGCCGGGAGCACCGCAGGUACCAACCCUUCAGUUUUUUGGUGGCGAUGUCACCCUGUUUCUAGUCUGUUACAUGCUGGAGAACGUGUCCUCGAUCCCAUCUUCGCAGCAGGCUGUGCUGUCGGUGUUCCAAGGCCACCAGGUGUGUGUCACGCACAAGGAACCCAGCCCCAAAUGA